AUGGCUGCUUCAGACAGGGGAGUGCUGGAUGAGUUUUGGCUGUUUGUGCCGAUGGGCACAUAUUGGCUGGAGUUCAUUUUUGUCGCACAGAGGCACAGCUGCCUGUCGUUCAUCUUUCCACCAGCAGGAGGCGCACACAGCUUACAAACCUGCUUCAGUGUGGUGCGCUCGGAGCCUGAGGAGGGACCGCAGGACAGCCGGGGAGAGAGUCCUGGAGCGCGGCCAAUCAGCACCAACGAACCGCUGCUGAACUAA